AUCCAACAACCACUGCUCACUUCUCGCUCAUCCAUACCUACACAAACCACUCUCAUAAUGCUUUCCAGGACACCCCUUGCGGCUGGCCUCCUUCGCCCCCUCACCAACCCCGCGUCGUCGUACGCUGCGGCUCGUGGCCUCCUCCGCGUCCGUGGCCUCGCUACCGAGGCCAAGCCCUACGAUGUCGUUGUCAUCGGCGGUGGACCCGGUGGCUACGUCGCUGCCAUCAAGGCCGCCCAGCUCGGCUUCAAGACCGCCUGCAUUGACAAGCGCGGCCCUCCCGGCGGUACCUGCCUGAACGUUGGCUGCAUACCAUCAAAGGCCAUGCUUAACAACUCGCACAUCUACCACCAGACCCUCCACGACACCAAGGAGCGCGGUAUCGACGUCGGCGAUGUCAAGCUCAACCUCCCCCAGAUGCUCGCUGCCAAGGAGAACUCGGUCACCACCCUCACCAGCGGUAUCGAGACCUACCUCUUCAAGAAGUACGGUGUCGACUACCUCAAGGGUGCCGCCGCCUUUGAGACCGCCAACAAGAUCAACGUCGCCCUCAACGAGGGUGGAGAGACCCAGCUUGACGCCAAGAACGUCAUCAUUGCUACCGGCUCCGAGGUCACCCCUUUCCCCGGUCUUGAGAUUGACGAGGAGCGCAUUGUUUCUUCCACUGGUGCCCUCUCGCUCAAGGAGGUCCCCAAGAAGCUGGUCGUUAUCGGCGGUGGUGUUAUUGGUCUCGAGCUCGGCUCGGUCUGGGCCCGUCUCGGUGCCGAGGUGACCGUUGUCGAGUUCCUCGGCGCCAUUGGCGGUGCCGGCAUGGACGCCGAGGUCGCCAAGACCUUCCAGCGCAGCCUCCAGAAGCAGGGCUUCAAGUUCAAGCUCAACACCAAGGUCAUUGGUGGCGAGCGCCAGGGCGACUCUGUCAAGCUCAAGGUCGACUCGGCCAAGGGCGGCAAGGAGGAGGAGCUCGAGGCUGAUGUCGUUCUUGUUGCUAUCGGCCGUCGCCCGUACACCACUGGUCUUGGCCUUGACAAGAUUGGCGUCGAGGUCGACGGCAAGGGCCGUAUCGUCAUCGACGACCAGUUCAACACCUCGGUCCCCGGUGUCAAGUGCAUCGGUGACGCCACUUUCGGCCCCAUGCUCGCCCACAAGGCCGAGGAGGAGGGUAUCGCCGCCGCCGAGAUCCUCAAGACUGGCCACGGCCACGUCGACUACGGAGCCAUCCCCUCGGUCGUCUACACCCACCCCGAGGUCGCCUGGGUCGGCAAGAACGAGCAGGAGCUCAAGGCCGACGGCGUCAACUUCUCGGUCGGCAAGUACCCCUUCGCCGCCAACUCGCGUGCCAAGACCAACCAGGACCAGGAGGGCUUUGUCAAGUUCCUUACUGAGAAGGACACCAACACCAUCCUCGGUGUUCACAUCAUUGGCCCCGGUGCCGGCGAGCUCAUCGCUGAGGGCACCCUCGCCCUCUCGUACAAGGCCUCUGCUGAAGAUGAGACGCUCUCCGAGGCGGUCAAGGAGGCUGCCCUCAGCACGUACGACAAGCCUAUCAACUUCUAAGGCCUGGUGGUGGAUAUGGAGCGUGCAGCCACGCUCAGGAACGUAUGAGGCAAAUGAGUGCAUGUGGAUGCAACCGACGUAGCAUGA